AUGGUGGCCUCAUCUUUCACUUCUACGAUGCGAGCGGCGGUGUGCUGGACGAGUCUGGCAAUGCUCCGCGAAUGUGGAGCAACGUGCACGCCUUCCGGGAGCACGCUCUGCAUGAAGGUAAACAUCUUCGCCGGGGAGGCCGGGUACUACGAGUUCGCUGGGUACACAGGCCCCUCCCCCGACAUUGAGGUGCGCAUUGGGCAGACCUACACGUUCGACCAGACGGACCCAAGCAAUUGGUACCAUGCGGUAGGCUUCGCUUACUACCCUGACGGAGCCCAUGGGGAGACGUGGGGAGCUGACGAGCGCGAUGAGGUCGAGGGCAUGGGUGAGUUGCUGUACAAGAUCAACGGCGCCGCAACGACUUGUCCAGAUGCGGGCGACACGGGCUUGGAUUGCUAUGAGCCGGAGUUCUUCUACCCCCGCGGAGACUGGAUGGCGAAGAACUACACAGCUGAGCUGACGAUCACGCAGGCCAUGGCAGAUCGAUCCCAUGGCGGAGUGAUCUACUACUUCUGCCACAUCCACUCCAAGAUGAGCGGCAGGAUCAUCAUCAGGAACGCGGACGGCUCGAACGUGACUCAGGCGAACGGGCAGCCGCUGACAAGUCCGCAGGAGCUCAGCCUCGACUCCGUGCCCACCAUGGAUGCUUUUGAUACAAAGUGCGGCACUACCGGUGCAAGUGCCUAUGCGGAUGGUGGUCAGAUGGAGUGCGCGACGAAAUUCUUACCCGGGACUCACGACACAGACUUUGAGGAGUGCAUGCAGGCAAUCGAUUGCAUGAUGAACAAGGAGAUGCGCGUCGUGGGCUUUGACAGCCACCAGAGUCCCAUUGUCACGUUCAUGCAGCAGAUGAUUCCUCACCAUGCGAACGCCGUGAACAUGGCCAAGAUUGUACUGAAGCAUGCCCCGGCCGAGGUGGCUGCCGUGGAGGACUUGGAGGACAUCAUGUGGAGCAUGGUCAACACCCAAAACUUCCAGAUCCAUGCAAUGCGCAACUACCUCGCGAGCCAUACCAGCUAUGGCCAAACGACUCAUGACGGGGUCCCCUUGAUGGCCACCUCUGUGGGUGAGCACUGCGACUCCACCCUUGAUGUGGAUGUGGUGAUCGCGCCGCAGUCUCCGAGCUCCAGCCCAACGGCAGCUGUGACAGGCUGCACGCCCUCGGAAACCAUGCUUUGCAUGAAGGUGAACCUGCUCGCCGGGGAGACCGGGUACUACGAGUUCGCUGGGUACACAGGCCCCUCCCCCGACAUUGAGGUGCGCAUUGGGCAGACCUACACGUUCGACCAGACGGACCCAAGCAAUUGGUACCAUGCGGUAGGCUUCGCUUACUACCCUGACGGAGCCCAUGGGGAGACGUGGGGAGCUGACGAGCGCGAUGAGGUCGAGGGCAUGGGUGAGUUGCUGUACAAGAUCAACGGCGCCGCAACGACUUGUCCAGAUGCGGGCGACACGGGCUUGGAUUGCUAUGAGCCGGAGUUCUUCUACCCCCGCGGAGACUGGAUAGCGAAGAACUACACAGCUGAGCUGACGAUCACGCAGGCCAUGGCAGAUCGAUCCCAUGGCGGAGUGAUCUACUACUUCUGCCACAUCCACUCCAAGAUGAGCGGCAGGAUCAUCAUCAGGAACGCGGACGGGUCCAACGUGACUCAGGCGAACGGGCAGCCGCUGACAACUCCGCAGGAGCUGCCACUCUAUGCCCCAGCAACGCUGAGCGGCGUGGACCAGGCCUGUGGCACCUUCGAUGUCGCGCCCUUUGCUGGCGGCGGCGCAAGGCAAUGCAAUGAGCGCUUCUUAUGUGGAAAUCUGGACACGACCUUUGAGAAGUGUAUGCAAGCCAUUGACUGCAAAAUGAAGGAGGAGAUGUUGAGCUACACCACUAUGGACAGCCAGAACAAGGUCGCAGUGUUUAUGCAGCAAAUGAUCCCUCAUCAUGCCAACGCUGUGAACAUGGCAAAGAUUGUGCUUGCGCACGUGGAUGCAGCGGCCAUUGACUCGGCCAUCGAAGAGGGCGGCUUCUCCGACAUGUUGAGCGACAUCAUCAAUGGGCAGAACUUUCAAAUUCACCAGUUCCGGAACCAUCUUGCCAGCAUUGGAAUGCUGCCCGCCACCACGAUGACGACCACGACAACCACCACGACAGCGGUUGAAGAGUUCCCUACCAGUGGGCAGCAACGAUUCUAG